AUGGCUCCACCAAAGACGACGGCGCGUGCGAUCUCACAAGAUGCUUUCAACGAGCUAGUAAAUGAAAACAUUGACGACCUCGGAAUGGACCCCGCCGAAGCUCUCGAAGACGCAAUCCAAACCCUCACUCUCCAAGGCGUCGAUCUCUCAGGCAUCGUGACUUCCGUUCCCGGAGAGAGCAAUCCGGUGAUAGAGUGCUUAGAAAAGUUGAAACGGUUGGAGUCUGAAUCGGAUGCGUUGGAUGAGACGGUGGAAGCGUUUGAUAAACUGGCCGAGUUGUGCGGCAGUGACGCGGGGAAUGGCAAUGCGGCAAUUGCUACAAAAAAUGGAGGUGUUGAAUUGGUUUGUUCUAAGAUAAAUAGUGCUAAUGGAUCUCAACUUGUUCUUCUUUCUGGUUUAAAUGUUUUGUCGUUGUUGCUUCGCGAUGUUCAAAGUACAGGAACGUUCCAGAACAGUAAUGGACCAAGGAUUAUAGUUGGUAUCUUACAUGACAACAAGCAAAAUGUAGAUGUCUUAAAUAACGGAUUCCGUGUUGUGGCUUCAGCUGCAACUGGUGAUGAGAUUGUCAAGGAUUCAUUUAUGGAAUUGAAAGUUGAUGAGUUAAUUGUAGAGAUAAUGUCCAUACAUAAGAACCCUGGCAUUCAAAGUUUAUAUGAUGCUAUUCGUGUACUUUUGACGCCCGAUGACAAUCGUGUUCUAGCUUCCCAAGUUUAUGGAUAUGCACGAAGAUUCGCUAAGAUUGGAAUUCCAGAAGCCAUUGUGGAUUCUCUGCACACAGGACUUGGCUCACCUGACCUAAUUUCAGCAUGCAUCACUUUGAAGGCCACUGCAGUAAAUGAUGAAAUAUGUAAAUCCAUUGCUGAAAAAGGUGGUAUUGAUGUAGUACUUAAAUGUAUAGAUGAAAGUGGUGAACAAGGCAACACAGAUGUAGCCAAAGUUUGCUGCUCAUUACUUUCUAAGUUAGCAGGAAGUGAUGCAAACAAGAGUGCAAUUGUUGGGAAAGGGGGUAUGGAUAAGCUAAUCAAGCUUUCAGCCAGAUAUGCUGAUGAUCCUUCUGUAUUGCAAGAGAUCAUGUCUAUUAUUUCUGUGCUUUCGCUAAGAUCCCCGGAAAAUGCAGCUCGUGCUAUGGAAGCUGGUGCCGGUGACUUUGCUAUUCAAGCCAUGCAGAAAUUUCCUGCAGCACACCAAAUGCAAAGAAACUCCUGUCUUAUGAUCAGAAAUUUAGUAGCAAGAAACCUAGAGAACAGAACUAUUCUUCUUAACAAUGGAGUCGAGAAAUACAUAAGGAAGGCAAAGCAAACACAUGCAACCUGUAAGGAAGCUGCUACUGAUGCCUUGAGGGAUUUGGGGAUUGACAGUUACAACUUGUAG